UGGCUCUUCUAGCAAUUGUACUCGCCGCUGAUCCUCCAUCUGAUCCCUUUUCAUGUGGACCAGGCAAGCCAUGCAAGCUUGGGUGCUGUGGCACUAAUAAUGUCUGCGGUAUGGGCCCAGACUACUGCGCUCCUGGGAAAUGUGUAUCAGAGUGUACCGCUAAAAGCGACUGCGAUGCUGGAUGGGGAGCACAAUGGUCUGCACACGAAAAAUGCCCGUUGAACGUCUGCUGCAGCAAGUUCGGUUUCUGUGGAACGACAAAAGAUUUCUGUGGUGACGUGAAAGUCAAAUCUCCAUCAUGUGCAAAAGAUGGAGGAAGUGUCAACAAGAGAGUGAUCGGCUACUAUGAAGGUUGGUCCAGUACACGAGCCUGUGGCGGAAUGAUGCCCGAGGACCUCCCAUUCCACCAAUAUACUCAUCUCAAUUUCGCUUUCGCAUUUAUAAAUCCGAAGACUUUUGAGGUGGCACCUAUGUCUGCAGUUGAUGAGGCUAUGUAUCCUCGAUUCACCGCCCUCAAACAGCUAAAUCCUGGAAUGCAAACUUGGAUAUCCAUCGGUGGCUGGUCAAUGAACGAUCCUGAUCAACCAACAGCAACCACGUUCUCAGAUCUUGCCGCAAGCCCCGGUGCGCAAAGCAAGUUCUUCAAGUCUCUCGUGAAUUUCAUGUCCACAUAUGGAUUCGACGGCAUUGAUAUGGAUUGGGAAUAUCCGGUCGCACCUGAACGGUCUGGGAAGCCUGCAGACUUGGCGAAUUAUGUCUCGUUUCUGAAGAACCUCAAGAACGCGCUCGGAUCCGGAGGACAUAAGUACGGACUGACAAUCACGAUUCCGUCAUCAUUUUGGUACAUGCAGAACUUUGACAUCGUUGCCAUAUCGAAGGUCAUCGACUGGUUCAACGUCAUGUCUUACGAUCUGCACGGAACAUGGGACUCGACCAAUCCUUAUAUUGGCCCUAUAGUAGGUGCUCACACGAAUUUGACAGAGAUUGAUUUGACAAUGGAUCUCCUCUGGCGAAACAACAUAGAUCCCGAUAAAAUUGUACUUGGGGUAGGUUUUUAUGGCCGAAGUUUCACUCUGACAAACCCAUCUUGUGCUGGCCCCGGUUGUGGCUUUAGCGGAGGAGGCAAGCCAGGAAAAUGCUCUGCUUCCGCUGGCACUUUAAUGUUUUCGGAGAUUCAAGACGUUAUCAAGGCCGGUGCCAAAGUAACAUUGGACAAAGCUGCCGCAGUACAGAUCGUCACCUACGAUACAAAUCAAUGGGUAUCCUACGAUGACGAUGUCACGUUCAAAUUGAAGGUGGAGUAUGGCAAUUCGAAAUGUCUGGGUGGCCUCAUGGUAUGGGCUGCGUCUACCGACGAUAGUGUGGGAAGUGCAAUCCAGUCUCUCAACAAGGCUACUGGUCGGGCGGUAUCUAGCUUGGCGGUACGUGCUAAUCUUCCGAGUUCUAUUGGAACAUGCGUUUGGGGCGAAUGUGGGAAGAGUUGCGACUCGGGGCUCUCGCCUGCAGCAAUCGGGUCUGGGAGAGGAGGAAGUUAUGCAGGGAUCCGAAGUGGCUGCGACUCAGGUGUCACACGCCCCUACUGUUGUCCUAAUAGCAAUAAACCCACGUGCCGUUGGGUCGGCGAGGCAAAGUUCUGUGGAGGACCGAAAUGCAGCUCUGGCGAGGUGGAGGUGGCUACAGACAACGCUGGUGGAGGAGGAGAAUGGCACAAGAUUCUAUGCUGCACUGAUACAGGUUCAACCGCCAAUGCCAAGGCUUGCGAUUGGGCAGGUGCCGCCCCUUUUUGUUCAGCCAAGGCUGCACUUGGACCUGCUUUUUACUACUCUUCCUAUGGUUGUUCCAAGCCAAAGCCCUAUGAGAUCGCCACUGGAAAGCAUGGUGAUGGUGGAGAAUCCGCAUGCUGGCCCAAUGGAGGUUUCAAGAGCUAUUGCUGCGAGAAACAAGAUCAAUGGAAGAAAUGCCAAUGGCACCAAGCUCGAAAUUCUUGGACAGAGUGGGCACAUGCCUUUGGUCAGCUCGCUUUUGGGGCGUCUCUGCCGAUCUUCCUCACCGACUGCACCGGUGGUUGUCCGAAUGGUCAGAUUACAGUCGCUGUUGAUCCGACAGCAUGUAGAUCCGGAACUUACUCGCAUUUCUGCUGCGAUAACCCCAAUGCAGACCUCGUCUCUCCACCGAGCCUUCCGCCCGGGAAGCCAAGCAGUCUUUGUCCUGCAAAGUCGGAUCCAUUUUACUCUCCCUUAAGUCACGAUGAAAGUGGAGAUCCAUGGGCAUGGCAAGAAGCCGAAUAUUUUGACUCGAAUUGUUUCAUAGGAGGUGUUGACGACACGGACACCGAUCCUGCUUUGCGCCGGCGUGAUGACGUGGACUUUCAAGGGAAUGAGUUGCCCGGAAACUCUUCUAUAUACUAUGAAGAAGGUCACGGUAUAUCUAAGAGGAGUGCUGCAGCAAGACUCGGAAAGCAACUUUUGAAAGUCUGCGUUAAUCCACCAGGAAAAGGUCGCCUUGCAGGGGCCGUGGACCUUCCUCCUGUAUAUGCUCAUCCACACGUAAACUCUCUAUUCCAACAAGGACGACUUGCUCUCAUCUAUACGGGUGGAGCUACUGGCCAGCUGGCCUGCAGUGCCGCGAGUCUCGUCUUCGCUAGCAAAGACGACGCAAAGAUCGUGGAAAAAGUCACAGAACACGUAUUCGAAAAGCAGACAUACAAAGAUGGUGUUCAAGCUAUAGGCGACGGCAUCGCUUCAGGCGGUGCAAAACUACCAAUGGGUAAAUUCUCGGUGACAGAGUUGGUCAGGCUUGCAUCAACGCCGUGGAAAAACCUUCCAAUGGGCUCUAUCACUCCUCCUGUUGGAACCUCAUUCCAUGACACAUGUGCGAAUUUCCUCGGUACGGCCGCGGACAUCCGAAACUUCCAGAUUUUCAUGAAAGGUCCGAACACUGUGAAGAUGCUACUCACGGCCGGCAAAAAUCUUGCCGUUACAGACAAAACUGGAGCGUGGGUCAUGUCCCCACUUGAUAGACUCACUAGAUUCAAGGACACCCUUGCGGUAUUUGAUUACUAUCGGAUUGACGCAGUCGUGAAGUCAUUCUCAAGCACAAACGGACUCAUUCAAGACAGCUGGAGCAACUUCCAGGUCGCAGUAAAGCCACUCUAUGACUAUCCGUUUGCCGCAGCACAAGAAUUUCAAGUGAAUGAGAAUUUGAAGUAUCAAGUCGUCCUGGGAAAGAAGCUGUUCGACACCUAUAUCAAGGACGAGAUAAUUUAUUGGGGAUCGAAAGCUGCUCAAGACACAUACACAGCCGCAGUGGCGCUAGCGAACAAGCAACAACUAGAGGCAAUGGCAGCAACUUAUGGCACGAAGAUUGCUAUCGACAUCGCGAAGAUGCUGGGGGCGAAGAAUCCGCCGUGGCAGAGAAAACUCGCGAGAGGAGAGCAGGAAACCAACAGCACAAUGUCGACAUGGAGAUGGAGCUAUACAAGUCAGGAAACAGCGGAAGAGACCAUUGAAAUUGCACGGAAGGUGAGGGACGGUGAAAUUAAUGUGGAGUUUACCAAGGACAUGUGGGUGGAUAGGUAUGGUCUUGGGGAGCACCUGGAGAUUAGAGGAGGGAUUGCUGAUUAUAGUUUGUGACCGUUACUCGGAGAUGUAUCAUGCUAGCUAAGAGAACAGCAUAGUUAUAGCUACCCACACUGAGGUUUACACUCCAGAAG